AUGCCUGUCCCCAAGAAAGAGGGCACGUCGAGUGGUGGUGGUGCCAUCAGGGCCGAUGGCCGCGCGCAAAAUGGGAAUCGUUCAAAUUUUCGCACAGACACAGCUAUCUCCAAUAGUCGCUUUGGAAACGAGCGCACACUGCAGCCAUGGGUUCCUGAUGCGGCUGAUGGUGUCGAUGGCAGUCUAGAAGCCACAGCCAGUGGGGGAUCCUGGGACCAGUUUGCGGCAAAUGAGAAAUUGUUUGGUUUGCAAACUGACUACGACGAGAGCAUGUAUACUACGACUAUCAACAAGAGCCACCCUCAAUUUCGUGAGAGGGUCGCUGCUGCCGACAAGAAGGCCAAAGAAAUCGAGCGUAGCGUUCCAACAACUGCCCAUGUUGCUGAGGAACGCAUCAUGGACUAUGUCGGUGGUGCCGGUGCUGGAGAGGAAAACGAAGAAGAGAAGUACAGUGGCGUUCGCCGUCAGGACUUUCCUGCCCUAUCUGGAGGUGGCCGGGAAAAUAGGUACACGCCUCCCGCGAAACGAGCACCUACAUCUCAGUCAACCGUGAAAGGCGCACCUGUUGACCCGGCUAUUAUUUCAUCACAACUAAGGGCUCCUGUCAAGAGACACCCUGUUUCGACGGAGCAAAUACGAUCACAAGCCCCCGACGGUGCAAAGAACGGCGUUACUGUGAAAGUUGAACCUGCAAAGACGUCUACGCCCAAACUUGCAGAAGAAGGGCCUGCCGAGUCCAAGGCCUCUCCCGUCAUAAACAUUUCCGCGGAUUCUAAGACACCUGAAUCCAAACCUUCCGAGAAGGCGGCAACUCCCGGUCCGUCUUCUACCUCGUCCUCCCGGAACGCGUCUUCCCAACCAAAGGAAACGACCCCAAGCGCCACAUCUACCGUCGAGCGUGACGUCCUGAAAGAGUUCAAGAGCUUUGCGACUCAACAACGCAUCAACGCAGAGAAAGCUCGGACUAACAAGGCUCGCGCUGACAAGGAAGUCAAGUUGACCGAACUGAAGAAAUUCGCCAGUAGUUUCAAGCUGUCAACACCGGUCCCCACAGACCUCGUUUCGAUUAUUGCAAAGGACCCUGCAAAACAAAAGGAAAUCCAGGCGAAGGCCAUGAGAAAUGCUGAGGAGAUGGCUAAAACCAAGGCAGACUCUGGUUCCAAGGACAAGGGCCAGUCCACCAAGGACUCUGGAACAGCCAAGACUCCCGACGCUGGCACUUCUGCUAAUACAAGUGAUGGUCGUUCGUCGCGAAGUGCUGUGGUGCCGCAGGCAUCUGGACCUGUUGGCAACGGUACCAGACAUACAGGGCCUCGCCAGCAAUUUCCGCAGCAGCCGUAUCAUGUACAACAACCCUACCGGAAUAACCGUGGUCCGCAGCACGGCCCCCCCCAGCAGCAGACCGGAAACCUCGCUCAAAGGCUUCGCAAUGUCGAGCAGCAAAGAUACUCGCAGCCACCUGCUCCUCCGCAACAUGGCCUCGGUCAUGAGAUGCGUGCGCCACCUACUGGCCCAUCUGGCAAUGUCGAUUCUGGCUUUAACAGACGACUUAGCGGGGCCCCUGGUCAGAUGGGUGCCAAGUUGAAUCCCAAUAGUCAUGAAUUCAGGCCUAGCCCAUUUGCUGCUGCUUUCAACCCUAACAGCCAUGCCAGUGCGGGCUCGAGUCCACGGACCUCAGUCAACCAUGUUGCAGAAAGCCCCAUUUCUGCAGCACCACAGACAUCCGUCAUCCGCCGCAAAACGAAGAAGGUGGAUGUCAAGAAGUGCCUCAUUUUGUCGCACAUCAAAUCUGUGACACCUCCAGCAGGUCGCAACUGGGAUGACAAUGGCGGACUACGGCCAUCAUUCGACACUCUGCCGACUUGGCGACAGUUGAAGGACGACGAAAAGCCCGAAUCCACCAUGCAUCUCACAUAUGCGGAACACUUCGACCGACAGCCCUUUAACGGUCCCUCGGCAGCAACACCAAAUCCUACACAUGUCGUCCCACAGAUGCCACACCAGCAUCAACUUCCUUUCCACCUUCAGCAUGGUGCCCAUGGCUUGGGAUCUCGACAGUCACCACAUAUGGCACCCAUGCAAAUGCACGCGCCACAACAUGGCCCAGUGCCCAUCCCGCCGUACGGUACUGACGAUCACCGGAUGAUGCCGUCCAACUCAGCUCAGUCGUUUGCCUCUCCUCGCAUGGGGCAGCUUCCAGUCGCGUAUCCUGGCCAGGUCCCAUAUCAGCAGCCGGUUUUCAUGGCGCCAAGCAACCCACAAAUGGGGCAAUACCGCAGCUUUUCCAACAAUCCUCAUUAUGUGCCACCGCAGCAAAGUCAAAUGGCGGGCCCGAUGAUGAUGCAACCACAGUUCAUUCAUCACCAAGGAAUGGUUGCUGCUCCUCAAAUGAUGUAUCAUGGUGGUCAUCCACAUUACAUGCCACCCGCCGGGCCGCCGCAGCCAGGUCCGGGCGGUAAUGGCUAUCCCAGCCCAGGACGCCCGACUGCACCUGUCAUGAUGCAUCAAGGCUCCCAACAGGGCCAGCCAGUGUACGGCAUGAGCCCCGGUGUGCAGUACAACCAGCCUGCAUACGGUCCAGGCCAACCCAGCGGACCAAGUCAGUGA